UAAACUUUUCCUGCCUGGCUUGUGGGCUGAUUGUGGUGACUUUACGGUGAGCCAGGGACGAGUCUCUGUGUGUUUGGUGUGGAUUACUGUAGAGGGCAUGUCAGGAUCCUGUUUGAAUUGCUGAAUUGACUGGAAGGGAAAAUGAUGCCUGAGCUGAGGUUUUGGCUGUGCCUCUUUAUUUUGGUGUGUUUGAGCAUACGCCACACACAUGGCUGGCUCUGGAAUUAUAACUCGAAUACGAAGGGCACACAGACACCGGCCUACCUGACAACCAUAAGGCCCACAUCCCGACCGAGGACAGAACAGACCAGGACAGCAGGUACAAGUGCUUCCGUAAUUGAGGUGGAAACAGAGGUCAGUUACAAUGGAGGUCAUUUUGAGGGGGAAUCAGAGUUCAUAUCCAGGUCCGGGUUGGGGGUUGAGUUUGAAUCUGUAAAUGGGUCUGAAUUUGCUUCUGGAUCUGGAUCUGGAUCUGGAUCUUCUCAGUUUGAAAGACAGGAUGCCUAUGUUACGUCAACCAACGUUUCAGGUAUUUCUAGUGAAAAUGCUAGUUUGCAUGUGGGAAACCUCAAGCUGGAGACCAAAGUGGACCAGAUGGAUGGACUUCAGAGCGUUAGUGACCCAGCAUACAGUCAGUUUAAUGAAAGUAUUCUUGUUCAAAAUGUUAGCACAUAUAAUCAUUUAAAUGGGCGUAAUUCUACUGAGCAUGAUGAUUAUGAUAACUCGACAUUGUAUUCCUCCGAAUACUCUGUCUCAGAUAAUCUACUAACCAUUGAAAGUGAGUAUUUUGUAGCUAGCAUGCCAGUUGUCGAAUCCUCUCGCUGCUUGCCAGUCGGUCCUGAUUUGCCAUUUUGCACCAGAACGAGAGUGGAUAGUUUCAUGGUGCCCAAUUUUCUAAAUCAAAGCAGCGUGGAGGAAGUUCAGGUGGUUUUAACCCAAUGGGCAUGGCUUUUGCGGUCAAACUGCCAUCAUAGUUUGGAAUGGUUUUUCUGCCUGCUGUUGACACCGCGGUGCGGCCCGCCUGGACUGCCACCCCCACUGCCCUGUCGCAGUUUCUGCGAGGUCCUGCGUGACAGUUGCUGGACGCUCCUGGAUGAGGGCCGCCUCCCCGUGGAGUGCCACUCUUUGCCUGAAGAGAAGCAUGAUGGGUAUCGGUGCUUGUCAGUUAGUAACCAGAAAGAAGAAAGUGGAGUGUCGCUGUUACAGUUAAUUGGCGAUCCUCCACCUGAUGGCGUCUCCAAAGUCUUUGAUAAUGAUAACAGCCCCGGCUAUGUGUUCGGCCCAAGCUCCAAUGUGGGACAGUCAGCUGCGGCCCACCUGCCCAACCCUUUCUACCGUGACUUCUCCCUCAUCUUCAACAUAAAGCCCACGUCCACCAAGCCUGGCGUCAUCUUCUCCAUCAGUGACCCAACCCAGAACAUCAUGUAUGUUGGUGUGAAGCUGUCGGCAGUGGAGAGGGGCAAGCAGAAUAUUAUCUUCUACUACACUGAGCCUGACUCGCAGAGUUCAUACGAGGCGGCCAGAUUCUCCGUGCCCUCCAUGAUGAACACCUGGACCCGGUUUUCCAUCAGUGUUUUGAAUGAGCAGGUUUCCCUCUACUUCAAAUGUGACUCAGAUCCUCAAGUCAUCAAUUUCGAGCGGUCCCCAGAUGAUAUGGACCUGGAUGGCGGGGCUGGAGUGUUUGUUGGCCAUGCCAGUGGAGCAGACUCAGAUAAGUUUUUGGGUGUUAUCGGUGAUCUGAGGGUGGUGAGAGACCCUGGGGCGGCUGAGCGGCACUGUGAAGAAGAUGAGGAUGACUUCGAUGCGAAUCUUCAGGGAUCAGGUGAUUAUGGAGCAAGUGGAGAUGGAGACAGACCACCAUCAGUCCAGCCGACACCUCCCUCCUCUCGGCCGAUCCAGCAGCCACCGGUGACCAGCAGAAAGACAGUUGAGAAGCAGCAGACAGGUUCUGUUGGUGCAAGAGCAGAGAAAGGAGAAAGAGGAGAGAAGGGUUCCAAAGGUGACAGGGGCCUUACGGGGCCAAAAGGCGAUUCAGGAUCUGCGUCUGGUGGCGGUGCAAAAGGAGAGCAGGGUGUCGUAGGAGAGAAAGGAAUGAAGGGCAAUCCUGGUUUUGGUUAUCCUGGAUCAAAGGGUGACCGUGGUCCCGCUGGGCCUCCAGGGCCUCCCGGUCCCCCCGGGCCCAGUGCAGAGGUAGAGGUGAGAGGAGAUGGGUCAGUUCUUCAAAAAGUGGCAGGACCGAGAGGACCACCUGGACCUGCAGGACCCGCUGGCCCUGCUGGAACUGAUGGGGAGCCGGGUGACCCUGGUGAAGAUGGAAAAGCUGGUCAAGGUGGACCUCCCGGUUUUCCUGGGACUCCUGGAAUCAAAGGAGACAAAGGAGACCGAGGUGAAAGUCAGCCAGGACCCCGUGGGCCUCCAGGGCCUCCUGGCCCACCAGGACCCCUCUCUCGCUCUGAUAGGCCUACAUUUGUGGACAUGGAGGGCUCUGGAUUUGAUAUGGACAGUGUGCGAGCAAUGCCCGGUUUGCCUGGCCUACCUGGUCCUCCUGGUCCCCCCGGCCCCCCUGGCCUUGCGUCUUCAGGCUCUGGUGGGUUUGGGCCUCCUGGUCCUCCUGGGCAAAAUGGAGCUCCAGGUCAACCGGGACUUCCAGGUCCACCAGGUUCUGAUGGAAAACCAGGCUCACCUGGUUCAAGAGGAGAGAAGGGUGAUGCCGGUGAGCUGGGCCUACCUGGACCUGUGGGAGAGAAGGGCGCCACAGGUUCUGCCGGUUCCCCUGGCCUCCCUGGGCAGGGUGGGCUUGCUGGUCUUCCAGGACCAAUGGGACCCGUCGGACAACCUGGGCCACCUGGUCCUCCUGGCCCAAGAUAUCAUGUUGGAUUUGAUGAUAUGGAGGGCUCUGGUAUUCACUUCAGUUCAGUCCCUGGGGUAAGAGGACCAGUUGGAAUUCAGGGACCUCCUGGUAUCCCAGGACCACAAGGUAAGACUGGCCUCCCAGGAUAUCCUGGUGAGAAAGGCAGUGAAGGACUUCAGGGACAAGAUGGCCGCCCUGGUUUGGAUGGCUUCCCUGGACCACAGGGACCAAAGGGCGACAGGGGAGACAGAGGCGAGAGGGGUGAACCUGGACGAGAUGGAACUAGUCUUCCAGGUCCACCCGGCCCCCCUGGACAACCUGGACAAAUUAUUUAUCGUUAUUCUGAAAAUUAUGAUGAAACUGGAGGAGCAGGGCCUCAGGGUGGGACUGGUGUUCCUGGUCAAGCAGGAUUCCCAGGCCCAAUGGGACCGAAAGGUGAUAGAGGAGAACCUGGUUCACCGGGCUAUGCCAUUAAGGGAGAAAAAGGAGAACCUGGACUUAUUCUUGGACCUGAUGGAAACCCACAUUACCUUGGUGGAUUGGCAGGCCAAAAGGGUGAGAGAGGGAAUUCUGGACCAGUCGGACCUCCUGGUCCAGCUGGACCUUCUGGUUUGAAAGGUGAAUUUGGAAUGCCAGGCAGACCUGGCCGCCCAGGUGUGAACGGAUACAAAGGAGAGAAGGGAGACCCAGCGUCAGGCUCUGGAUAUGGUUACGCAGGUCCCCCCGGUCCCCCAGGACCCCCUGGUCCCCCCGGACCUGCUGUGCCCUUGGACAGAUUUGGAAGAUAUGAAGAUUAUUCAAGGCAACACCCAGCUACGAAAGGAGAUAAAGGAGACCAGGGAGCUCCUGGGAUUCCCGGAUCACCAGGCUUUUCCUCAAAUCUUGAUAUCUAUGCCCUCAAGAAUGAGAUGAAGGGCGAGCGAGGUGAGUCCGGUCUUAAAGGAGAGAAAGGAGAGCCAGGAGGUGGAUUUUAUGACCCUCGUUUUGGAGCUGGACAGGGACCGCCAGGAAACCCAGGACUUCCUGGACCUAAAGGAGACUCGAUCAGAGGUCCCCCUGGACCGCAGGGUCCACCAGGAACACCUGGGGUUGGUUAUGAUGGUCGUCCAGGAAACCCAGGAUCUCCUGGACCCCCUGGCCCUCCAGGGUCACCGUCAUUGCCAGGAGCCUACAGACCACCACUCAGUAUUCCCGGGCCUCCAGGUCCCCCCGGCUCACCUGGAAUUCCUGGCACUGGAUCUGGGCAGGUGACUGUCAUGAGAUCUUAUGACAUAAUGUUUGCGACGGCACGCAGACAGACAGAAGGUGCUCUGAUUUACAUUUUGGACCGAAACGAUCUCUACCUCAGAGUUCGGGAUGGUGUCAGACAAGUGAUGCUUGGAGAUUAUAAACCCUUCUAUGGAGAGCUGGACAACGAGGUGGCAGCGGUCCAGCCGCCCCCUGUUGUUCACUAUUCCCAGGACCACACAUCUAACAAUGGAGCGGAGCAGAUUUCUCCACCGCACCAGCCGAUUGAGUUUCCAAGGAGUGAGCCAGAGAAUAGAAACCCCAAUCCGCCUGACUCCCGUUACCCAGAUCCACGAUACCCCCCCUACACUGAUAACAGGUACAAUCCUGUACAACCAGAAAUCAGAUACCCUGUUCAACCUGAGAGGAACCCUAUCACUCCAGCCCGCCGUCCCAGCCCCCCUGUCAAUCAACCAGAAGGCCACACCCACACUUCCGGACCAGGGUUGCAUCUUAUUGCCCUGAAUUCUCCACAAGUGGGGAACAUGAGAGGCAUCCGUGGGGCAGACUUCCUGUGCUUCCAGCAAGCUCGGGCCGUGGGGAUGAAGGGAACAUUCAGAGCCUUCUUGUCUUCCAAACUUCAGGAUCUCUACAGUAUCGUCCGCAAAUCCGACAGAGACACAUUACCGAUUGUUAACCUCAAGGAUCAAGUCCUUUUCAGAAGCUGGGAGUCUCUCUUCAGUGACUCCGAGAGCAGGAUGAAGGACAAUGCUCCUAUGUACUCUUUUGAUGGCAGAGAUGUCCUGAGGGACAGUGCCUGGCCAGAGAAGAUGAUCUGGCACGGGUCCAGUGGCAGGGGUCACAGGCAGACGGAUAACUACUGUGAGACGUGGCGGGCCGGAGACCGUGCAGUGACAGGUUUGGCCUCAUCUCUGCAGGCUGGCCAACUCCUCCAGCAGACCUCCAUUAGCUGCUCCAGCUCCUUCAUCGUGCUGUGCAUCGAGAACAGCUACAUGGCUCAAUCCAAGAAAUAAAGCCGUCCAAAAGAGCUUUUGAACACUCAACACAACAGUUUAUACAGGCGCUGUUUCACUCCAGUAGAUUCCUGUAUCUAAUAAAUGGAGAUUUUUUUUAAAGAACUGAGUCUGCCUUAAGGAGAAUUUGCCAGUCAUUUAUUCCCUCACCGUAACGCCAAAGAAGCUGGUUGAACGUGGAGGUGUUUGCUCUCUCUCAGGGCAUUGGCACAUAUUUUUCAGGGGGUUAAACCAGAGAAGUGAGGCCAACUAAGGCAGUGUUUUUAACUGUAUCCAUAUAAAAUUUUGUAUAUGAAUUGUUUGUCAUCUGUGUUGUUGUUUUUGUUUUUUUUGAAGAUGUCUUAAUUGGUAUAUUUAACCAAUUUUAGCUACAUUGUUUGUGUAACUUUUUUCCUCCCCGCUUGUCUGUAUCGAUUUUAUUUUCAUCCAAGGUUUGUUGGAUACUGAGGGGCAGACCUUAUAGUUUUAGGUUUUAAAAAGAGAAAAUAUUUAUUUUGCAAUAAAGAGAGCUAAAAUAUGAUUUGAAACAAUUAAAAUAGAAUACUUUUUUCUAUUUUAGUAAGCACUUUUUUUUUACUACAUACUUCCACGGAUAAAAGUGCAAGACUGAAAUAGUUAAUUGUUGCUAAAAACGGUCGCUCUCUCGAAAAAGCUCCCGUGGGCAAAGAGAAGAUGCCUUGAAUAAUUCAAUACUUGUCACUUGAGUUUUUGUACAAACAAAAUUAUUUGGAAAAACUUCUGUUGCAUCUAUGGGAUCACUGUGUGUGUGUUUUUUCUUUUCUUUUGUGAUUAAUGUGAAAUUUCAUAUGGACAUUCUUCUUAGUGUCAUUGCUUGUUUUACUCUUCUGGUUGAUUCCAGAAGUUUUGAUACAGCAAAGUGGAUGAUUUUUGUAACAAAUAUUCAUGUAAAAAAAAUGUUACUCAAAAAUAGCGGUUACAUGUCCCAUAAUUCAUUGGACAUAUCAGAGGCUUUGGUUGCAUUCGGUGCAUUUCACUGAUGAAACAGAUGCUGACAGUGUUGUUUGAGAGAGACAGAUGUGUUUUAUGAAGACACUUUAUCCUCUAUCCAUAUGGAAUUUCAUACACCUAAUCCACUAUAGUGCUACUGAUGUGUUCAGUACAACCCUGUGGGCUUCUAGUCUUUUUUUAACCAGUAUGUGCUGUACCAUGUCUCAGAGGCACUGAAUAAAUGAUUUUUUUUUGUUUGCCACAAUCAUUUUGGCACAACUUCUUGUGUAUUAAAAUAUGUUUCCUUAACCUGACCUGUCUACACAUAUCUUAGACUAUGUUGUCUGUUCAUGCACAAUAUUAACAUUAGAUAUCAUUCACAAGCCAUUUCAUAUCAUGAAUGUGUUUACUGUUCACUGACUGAUUGAUUAAAAAAUAAAGGUAUUUUUUCCUCUCA